GCUAGCUUCCCUCACGAGGGAACCGCCGUACGAUAUAUCAGUUCUCGUUUCCGAUUUGCUUUGAUCUGGCCGUCUUUCGCCUUCACAUUCUUUUGCUUUAGCGGGACGCUGCCGUCCUUGCCAGACCGACGUCAUGGGGAACUGCUCUUCAUGUCUCGGCAGCCGCCGCCACGACGACUACGAGGAGGACGAUGAAGCCCAGCGACUAUUCGAGGAUUCCAGCAAUAUACACUAUGGAAGCUUCGACCAACAGCAUAUGAUGGGCCAGGAAGACCCCCAAGAGGCCCAACGAGAGAUUGAGGCUCUGCAACGGGUGGUGGCACGCACCUCGAACAACAUGGUUGACAUCUACGAAAUCGUUCCGCAAGACAAGGCCGCCCAGCCGGUUUCCGUUCCGUACGUGUAUGCCGGUCAUGACGCGAACACGGUUCAAUACCAAACCCUCCUCUCCAAGCUGGCCUCACAAGAUGAUCUUGCUGCUGUGGCACGAGUUGAUUGGGGCACUCCGGACGACGACACCAUCGAAAUGCAGCAGGGCGUCAUACCCAUUAAGGUCGACGGCGGCGAGGCUCUCGUCGGGAACUUUGCCGAUGCUGCAGCCGCCAUGCGCUGAGCUCAUAUCUAACGACAAUACA